ACUUUAUGCUAUGCAUUUCAUGUGCGAUUUGUGGAUAAGAGGUUAGGUUCAUCUUAUAAAUUGCGUCUUCACGCUGUCUGCAAUCAUAACCUUAUUCUCUUAUUCUCUUUCUCACCAACCAACAAUUUUCGCGAAAACAGCAAGACGGAUUAGAAUUUAUGAGAAUCCACAACAGUUUCGGAGGACCAUGCGCAUUGUGACAGCGGUGAAUGCUAAGCUGCCAUUGAUUUUGCGGCAGCGCGGCGCGAUUACACGUUCGUACCGUGGACAUCGGUCGGUCUUGGACAGUCACGCACCAUCGUCAUCGUUGAUCUGCGCAAAGUUGCGACCGGCGCGAGCAGAAUAUCCGAUUUACUCGUCAGGAUUACUGAAGAUCGCUCAAAUUCAUUUCACGACAGUGAGAUUUUUCUCGACUAAGAGAUACUCCGAUAAAGAUCCUCCGAGUGAUGGCAAUGGAGAACAAUCUGCAGAUUAUCCUGCCUCUUUGCCUGCGACUGUAGUAGUGCCUGAAGUGUGGCCUCACGUACCAGUCAUUGCUAUUAAUAGAAAUCCAGUAUUUCCUAGAUUUAUUAAACUAAUUGAGAUUAGCAAUCCAGUUCUGAUAGAUUUGAUACGUAGAAAGAUUAAGCUAAAUCAGCCUUAUGUAGGAGUCUUCUUGAAGAAAGCCGAAGAAAAUGAAGCUGAUGUUGUUCAAAGCUUGGAUGAGAUUUAUCCGAUUGGAACUUUCGCCCAAGUACACGAAGUUCAAGAUCUGGGAAACCGGUUAAGAUUAGUGAUUAUGGCACAUAGAAGAAUCAAGAUUGUUAACCAAAUUUUGGAGGAUGCUAAUCAAAAAGUGGAGCAUGAGAUGAAACUGACGUUUCCACUAUUAAAUACCACAAUUACCGUUCCUGUAGACGACCCGAUGACCAGUAGCAAGACAAACCGGAGAUCUUUGCGUAAAAAAGCAGAAAAUAGAAUUACAGAGCGAACUGAGAAAAUAGAAAAAAAUAGUGAAACCGGUUCUACAGAAAUAAAAUCGUCGAUAAAUUCAACCGAAAAGAUUAUGGAAAAACCAUUAGACUCAUCGAUCCCUCAGUCUGGUAGUCAACCUAUACUAAUGGUGGAAGUUGUAAAUGUCACACAUGAAAAAUUUAAGCAAACUGAAGAGAUUAAGGCAUUGACGCAAGAACUCAUCAAAACGAUCCGAGACAUAAUCAGCAUGAAUCCCUUAUAUCGCGAAUCUCUGCAACAAAUGCUGCAUCAAGGACAAAGGGUUGUGGAUAAUCCGGUUUACCUCAGUGAUUUAGGUGCCGCUUUAACUGGAGCAGACGCGCAAGAAUUACAGCAAGUUUUAGAAGAAAUGGAUAUUUUAAAAAGAUUAAGGCUAUCCCUUGCGCUUUUGAAAAAGGAAUAUGAAUUAAGUAAAUUGCAACAGAAAAUUGGUAGAGAAGUUGAGGAAAAAGUAAAACAGCAGCAUAGAAAGUAUAUUCUUCACGAACAAUUGAAAGUUAUUAAGAAAGAAUUAGGAUUGGAGAAGGAUGACAAGGACGCGAUAGAAGAAAAGUACAGGGAAAGGAUAAGACAAAAGACAGUCCCUAAACCGGUUAUGGAUGUGUUAGAAGAAGAGUUGAAUAAACUUUCCUUUUUAGAAAGUCACAGUAGUGAAUUCAAUGUUACAAGAAAUUAUCUUGACUGGCUUACAUCUAUGCCGUGGGGUGUAACAAGUACAGAGAACUUAAAUCUUCAAGAUGCCGUCAAAAUUUUGGAUGAAGAUCACUAUGGGAUGGACGAUAUAAAGAAAAGAAUACUUGAAUUUAUUGCUGUUAGUCAAUUGAAAGGUAGUACGCAAGGAAAAAUAUUAUGUUUCUAUGGACCUCCUGGGGUUGGCAAGACGUCAAUAGCUAAAUCGAUUUCUCGCGCUUUGAACAGAGAAUAUUUUAGAUUUAGCGUUGGCGGAAUGACGGAUGUGGCAGAGAUUAAAGGACAUAGGAGAACAUACGUGGGUGCUAUGCCAGGCAAAGUCAUUCAGUGUUUGAAAAAAACGAAAACUGAGAAUCCGUUGAUUUUGAUAGAUGAAGUCGAUAAGAUUGGCAAAGGACAUCAAGGAGAUCCAGCAUCUGCUCUUCUCGAAAUGCUGGAUCCAGAACAGAAUGCAAAUUUCUUGGAUCACUACCUAGACGUUCCAGUGGAUUUAUCGAAAGUACUAUUUAUUUGUACUGCAAAUGUAAUAGAUACUAUUCCGGAGCCCCUGAGAGAUCGUAUGGAGAUGAUAGACAUGUCCGGUUACGUUGCCGAGGAGAAACUCGCUAUUGCGAAGCAGUACUUGGUUCCGCAAGCCAGAACAGAGUCUGGUCUCAGCAAAGAACAGAUCACCAUCCAAGACAACGCGCUUACAGCAUUGAUCAAAUCUUACUGCCGAGAAUCUGGAGUAAGAAGUCUGCAAAAGCAUAUAGAGAAAGUGCACAGGAAAGUAGCAUUUAAAGUCGUCAAAAAGGAAGUCGACAAAGUUGAUGUUACCAUGGAUAACCUGCAGGAGUUUGUGGGUAAGCCCGUGUUCACGCAAGACAGGAUGUACCAAAUCACGCCACCUGGUGUCGUGAUGGGACUGGCGUGGACCGCCAUGGGCGGUUCAACGCUGUUUAUUGAGAGCACCGUCAGAAAACCGACGGGCGGUAAAAAAACCGAGGGUACCUUCGAAGUCACUGGUCAUCUGGGUGACGUUAUGAAAGAAUCCAUACAUAUUGCAAUGACCGUAGCGAGGAAUUAUCUAAAGCAGGAGGAUCUUUCAAACACGUUUUUGUACGAUUCUCAUUUGCAUAUACAUGUGCCUGAAGGAGCAACUCCAAAAGACGGACCUAGCGCAGGCGUAACGAUCGCCACUGCGUUAUUAUCCUUGGCUAAAAAUCAAGCUAUUAGGCAAAACGUGGCAAUGACAGGUGAAUUAAGUCUCAUGGGUAAGGUACUUCCUGUUGGCGGUAUCAAAGAGAAAGUUAUUGCAGCAAAGCGAGUCGAUGUUAAAUGCAUAAUUUUACCCGAUGAGAACAAAAAAGAUUUCAAUGAUCUACCUAAAUAUAUUACAGACGGCCUAGAAGUACAUUUUGCAUCAACAUUUGACGACGUUUAUCGUAUAUGUUUUGCAAAAACAAAUGAGAUCGAUUCCCUUCGAUCUGCUAAACCAAUUAUUGAUCAUGUCUCACAGCCAACAUUUGGAUGAAAUAGUGUACGAGAUGGAUUAUUCUACUGAAUUAGGGACGGAUAUAUUCGUAGGAACUUCUUUUUUUACAAAGAUCAAUAUUAUUACUUCUCAUAUUAUUGAUUCCUUCUGAAUCACUUUUUGUACACAAAUAAUAAGCAAGAUAUGUUGCUGACAAAAUUCUUUGUUCCAUAUUUUGUUUCUUGUACAUAAUAUCUAUAACAAUUGAAAA